AUGCGCAGCCGUGUCACGGACUUCGUCCUCGAGCAUGGCAGACCAUCAGCGGCGCCCUUCACCUAUCUACGUAUUGCAUGCCACCUCAGGUCGGAAGCGCUGUACAAAAACUCGAUUGCUGCUGCAAUGGUGAACUACGAGCGCCUUGUUGUCGACUAUAACGCCCCCGGUAUCUACGGCGUUCAGAAGCCAUACCCACAGCAGAGACUGAUACAAGAGCUCGGAGGAAACGAGGAGCUGGCAAUGCGAGUCAUGGCCGCACACAGGACGUACAAAGAUAUGCUGCAGACUCUAGACAGCGAGCUCGAGAACCUCAAUCCGGCCGUCCGACUGCCAAGAGGGCUCACUAUCACCAAGACACGACUCUACACUCUCAGCGCCAACAUAUUCCACGCCUGGUACGAUCAGAGACGCCACGCUUGGUACAACACAAAACGACGUGACCAAGUGCUCCGCAACCGUUUCCGCCAAAACGUCUACAGCACCCUCGUCCGCGGCAAGGUCGACGUGCGCAGCAUCGUCGGGCAUUGGAAAGCCCAGAACAAGCAGUGGCGUACGAGACUCCCUCGCGGCACGACUAUCCAAGGCCUCGUUCACGCAGUUCAAGAGUGCUUCGAGCACGCGGGCUCACUGGCCAUGCAGCUCUUCGAUGAGGACAUGGUCUAUCGUGGACCUGACCAGAGGGGCCAAUGGCAGGAAGUUCCAUUGUGUGAGAUUAGUAACGACUAUGUGUACCCGUGGCAAGAGGACGGGGAGCGUCAGCAGGAGUGCAUCUCUCGCUACCCUCGUCACAUAUCGCGUAGCAAUUUGAGCGUUGUGAUGGAGGAGCCUUCUAUGGGGGACGACAGGCUGUGA